AUGUCUACCGAAGCAACGUCUACCGGCGCGCCCAACGCGGACACCCACCCCACUGGGCCCACCCACGCCCCCGUCGACAAGGGCAAGGCCAAGUUCGUCAAGCAGGUCGCCAUGGACGACGACGAUGACGAGGAAGAAGAAGACGACGACGAGGAGGAUGAGGACGACGACAUGGAAGAGGCACGCGACGAACUCCAUGAAAUCGACCCUUCUGCUAUCAUAGGUACGCGUCGCACUCGCGGUGUACGCGUCGACUAUACCUCCGCUGCCGCUCUUGAGAAGGCCGGCCUGAAGCCUGAGGCUGCCGAUGACGAUGAGGGUGAAGAGUCUUUCGUGGCCAAAGACGACGAGAUGCAUGACGACUAG